AUGGAUGCCCGUUCUGUUCUGUCAAGACCUCUUCGCUGGCGCUUCGUCGCUGUCGGCUGCGUUCUCUUCACUACAACAUUGCUUUGGAGAAAUGGCUACGCAGGAGCUCUACACCCAUUCGCAAGCUUCCAAGGGGAUUCGCAUAUGGCAUUUGACUCAGUCUCCGCGAGAACCUCCACAGCUGGGCGCAAGUCUUAUGUUGAAGAUGGCAUUACGCUGUCAGCAUAUACCGCCCCGUUCACCUGCAACCUCCAGGAUUUGCCACCUCAAGCCCGCAUGGCGACGUAUGAGCUGGAGAAUUACAUCAUGGUGGUGCAUGGCUUUCAAGAUAUUGUUUCGGACUGGCUGUACAAGAACGGCGGCUGGGAGAAGGCUCAGCUCGAACAGAUGGCCGCUUACAUGGACGCAAUCGCCACAGUAGAGCCAAGUCGAGACGGUUACCUGGACCUGGGCGCGAACAUUGGUGCGCACGCCAUUCCUCUGGCCGCUCGCAAGUACAAAGUUCACGCUUUUGAACCAACACAUGCCAACCAUGUGCUGGUCCGUUGCUCGCUCGCUCUGAGCGGCAUAGGCAACAAGUUCCGGCUGAAUGCCUUCGCCCUCGGAGACAAGCCAGAUACGAUCUGCAUGAAGUCUUCCAACUCAAACUUCGGCGACAGCCGUGUGGUGAACGCAAGCACCUGCGAAUACAAAGAUCAGUCGCCUGUUGGCACCAUGGAUCACUACUGGCGUCAGGUUUUGCACCGGCAUCAGAAGAUCGGUGUCAUGAAGAUGGACAUCCAAGGGUUCGAGAUCAAUGCCAUGCGACAAGCCUCUGCUUUCUUCGCCAGCGACGAAGCUCCUGCGGUUGUCUUCUUCGAGUACGACAUUGAUCUACUUACUGGCUCCGGGCGCGACCCCCUCGAACUUGCAGCGUUCUUCCAUGAUCGCGGCUACCGGACUUGGCGCGCAUUGAACACUUUGGAGGAGGUCACUAUGGAGAAGUAUCCCUUUUUUGGCAAGAAGGAGGGAUGGCCCAAGGAUCCUGACAUGGUGGCCGUUAAGACCGAGUGGUUGGAGAGGUUGAGAACUGCCGGUUACUUGUUUGAGGGAUCCAAGAUCAGAGGGAGAGUACGUCCAGCGGCGGACUGA